UUUGUUUUUCAGUGUGACACUAAGCGCAGGAUGACCACCUACUUUUCAUACCCUGACCUGGAUCUCCAAAAGGAGCUGAAAAGAACCGCAGAGGCAAUAGUAGCCCCGGGAAAAGGCAUCUUAGCAGUUGACGAAACUAAUGAGGGUAUCGGCAAACUUCUGGCGGGGGUUGGUCUGGCGAAUACUGAGGACAACCGGCGGCUGUACAGACAACUGCUGUUUACUACUAAUAAUCUCUCAGAGCAUGUCUCAGCUGUAAUACUCUUCGACGAGACGGUGUACCAGAAGACUGAUGAAGGAACCCUCUUCAUGGACGUGUUUAAGCAGCAGGGCAUUAUUCCUGGCAUCAAGUUGGACAGGGACGUCGUUCCGCUGUUCUUGUCUGAGAACGAAGUUACUACUCAAGGCCUCGACGAUCUGAACAAGCGUUGCGCGACCUACAAGAAACAUGGUUGCCGUUUCGCAAAAUGGCGGUGCCCUCUCAAGAUAGGCGAACACACUCCUUCAGUUCAGGCCGUUAAUGAUAUGGCUAACGUUUUAUCGCGCUAUGCUGCCGUUUGUCAGAGUGAGGGUCUAGUGCCUAUCGUGGAACCCGAUGUACUAUUAGAUGGUGACCACGACAUCGUUAGAGCACAAAAAGUGACUGAAGUGGCUCUCGCAGCUCUCUACAAGGCGUUGAAUGAUCACCACGUGUUUUUGGAGGGAACCCUUAUUAAACCAAACAUGAUAACCCCAGGACAAGAGUACAAAAAGAAGGCUACCCCAGAAGAAAUCGCCGUAGCUACUGUAACUGCGUUAUUAAGAGGGGUCCCCGCUGCCGUUCCAGGCAUUGCUUUCCUCUCCGGCGGCCAGUCCGAAGAAGAGGCGACCUUGAACUUGAACGCCAUCAACAAGGUUCAGCUGAAGAAGCCCUGGGCCUUGACAUUCAGCUACGGCCGUGCCCUGCAAGCCUCCGUCUGGAAGACCUGGGCUGGCAAAGAUGAGAAUGUGCCGAAGGCUCAGGUUGAGCUGUUGAAGAGGACUAAGGCGAACGGAUUAGCAUCACAAGGCAAGUACCAACAAGUUACUUUGACCUCGUCUGCCGCGGACAGAUCCAACUUCGGAAAGGACUACAAGUACUGAACUGAAUAAAAUUAAGAACUAA